AUGUUCUUACAUACCAUGUUAAUGUGCAUAAAAGAUCUCACACGGGAGAGAAACCGUAUUUCUGUCCUGAGUGUGGGAAAAGUUUUUCACAGAGGUCCAGUCUUCACACACAUCAGAGAUCUCACACGGGGGAGAAGCCAUAUUCCUGUCCUGAGUGUGGGAAAAGUUUUUCACAGAAGUUCAAUCUUUACACACAUCAGAGAUCUCAUACGGGAGAGAAGCCAUAUUCCUGUCCUGAGUGUCAAAAAUGUUUUUCAGAUAAGUCCAGUCUUUACAGACAUCAGAGAUGUCACACGAGGGAAAAGCCAUAUUCCUGUCCUGAUUGCAGCAAAUGUUUUUCAGUGA